AUGGCUCAGCGCCGUAUGUCAUCAUUAGCUAGUCCUUUCGAAUUAAUGACGCCAAGAGCUCUUGAUGUAAAUGCGAUAACUGAAACGUUAAACCGAAUGUUCCCUUCACUUCAACUUAUCCCUAGUGAUAUCCAAAAACCAACGUCUGAAUUGAUGUGUGUUGUAUAUCAGUAUAUCACCCAGUACAUCAUGGAUAUUCCGGAUGCUGUUUAUACGACACCACCGUUUGCAUUUAGCAACGCCAUGGAUAUGGACUUAUUCACUCAGGCAUAUCCGAAAUUAGUUAUCUUCCAAGCCUUAUCUGCUAUUGUGGAAGAUAUUUCAUCAAAUCAGAUUCAGUUCAGUUAUCUCGAUUUAGUCGCACCAGAACCAGGGCCGACACGAAUUCUCCUUUCUACCCUAAUCAAUUUCAUUGAAUUCACUGCAAAUGCUAUUACGAAAGCGCAUGACAUAUUUAACUCUGUCGAUAGUCGUAAAAGUGAUCUGGAAUCCAAAAAACUUAGUGUUAUUGAUCUUAAUAAUGAAAUACAACACCUGCGUAAUGAUGCAACGACUCGAAAACAUUUGGAAAGUGAGUUCCGUGAGAAAAUGGAGAUCCUAGAACGUAAUAUAAAAGAAACAUAUGUUCAAACCGAAACAAUCCAGAUGGAGAUGAAAGCAAUUUGUGAAGCUAAUAUUGAAAAAGAGAACAAACUGAUGGAAGCACAAAAUGAAAUUAAACGCCUAACAUUUCAAAAUGAUGUUGUUGAUCGUGAUAUUGUCAAUUCGCCUGAUCGUUUGAACGCUGAAUUAACUGAUUUAACAAAGUAUUUGGAAAAUAUUCAAAAGGAAAUUUCUUCAGAAAGUCGUAAGAAAUGGGAAUAUAAGGAAAAACAAAAGGAAAGAAUCAUGAUCGGCCGAUCUAUAGAGCAUUUUAUGGAAAUUCUAAAUAAGUUGCGUGAGCGUCAGAAGGAUGGUGCAAUAAUUGAAGAAACAUUAGCCGCUGCAGAGGAGCAACGAAAUGAAGCGAAAGAAGCUUAUAUGAAUAUAGAAGAGAAAUUGACAAAAGAGAGAAAUAAAUUGCUUGCGAUGGAAAAAGAAUUCGAAAAGGAAGAAUCACUUCACGAGAAAUCGCUAAAAGACAUUAAAGAACAUUUGGCGACAUUAAAUGAACAAGUGAAGGAUAUUCGUCGGCGAAUGCAAGAUUUUGAUAAAGAGAAUGUAGAAGUACAACGAGAAAUCGCGAAAGUAAAGAAUGAAAUUGCAGCAUUGACUCGAACAACGAAUGCAGAUACUAGAAAUUUGGCUACGCGUCUUAACGAAGCUCUUAAUAAAUACUUGGAUGCUGAGAAACUCUACAAAGAAGAUUUCCGCAAAGUGGAUAGCCUACACAAUUAUUUGGUAACCAUGCUGAACGCAUCUAAUGAUGACAGCACUUUCAACACAUCACAUUCAAGCAGUGUGUUGAGUGAACGAAAUAUAAGUUAG